AUGAAAAUGCUGACCACAGUCCUAAACUUAGACAAUACAGCCCACGGAAGCUCAUCCCUCGAAUACCAAAUCCAGGAAAUGAUUAACGGUCUCCCGAAAGACCUGAAAAAGAAAAGCAACACCCAUGGAGAGGCAAUAUCUCCCCGAGACCUCUGUGAGCUUCACCGUUCGUUAAGCCAUUAUCUUGUCGAUGACAUUCUCCGCCUCGUCCAGCGCGAAGUCACAUCUCACUUCCGCCAGCUCGACGCAUACCCAGAUCUCAUUGAGCCCGCGGAGGCGGAGAUUCUUCAUAACCUUCGCGCCUUGAAGGGACUGUGGACAAAUCCCAGCCCUGACGGCCCUGUACAUCUAAAUGCAUGGGCAUACCAAAUCAACGAAUGCGCAGCUUGUAUCCUAGCCCGAAUCGCCUCAAACAAAAACACCCUCCGCAACUUGCGGGUCGUUAUCCAAAGUCGCACUCGAACACGCAAGAACCAUCGCCCACGGGAAUUAAACAUCUUCGUCGACCAUUGCAUUAACAGGUUUACCCCAGCUGAAGCGGAAGAUCUGCAUAGCACUUCUAGUCAACUUGCCUUCGGGAUGAAACGCGCUCGCAAGGCCUGCGUCAAGGCUUAUAUGCGCGAUCGAGAAGGUGAUGCUGAGAAACGCUCGCGGCAGAAGCGUCGUCGGCAUAGCAGGAGAACAGGUAGUUCGACCCCGUACCGAUCAUGCUGA